AUGGCUGCAACUCUUCAAACUCUGCGACUUCCUUUUCAUCCAUCUAUCACACCCCUAAAUUCAUAUCCUUUCCCAACCUCUACCGUCCAUUACUCCCCCAAAUCAAGCACCUUCAAGGGUUCAUCUGUCGCCACCCGCAACAAACCAGUACCUUCUUCCAAAGCUUCCAAUUCGCAGUACAGUCCCACUGUUACCGAAAAUCUCGCUGACAUUAGCAUUUUCUCGGCCGCCGGUGAGCCCGGAAUAGCUGUGGUUGCACUUUUAAGGCACUUUGGAUGUCCAUGCUGCUGGGAAUUUGCUUCAACUUUGAAAGAAUCCAAGUCAAGGUUUGAUUCAGCUGGUGUCAAGCUAAUUGCAGUGGGUGUUGGUGCCCCCAAUAAAGCCCGUAUUCUUGCCCAACGAUUGCCAUUUCCAAUGGAUUGCCUUUAUGCAGACCCUGACCGCAAGGCAUAUGAUUUUCUAGACCUCUACUACGGGUUUGGCCGUACUUUCUUCAAUCCAGCCAGUGCAAAGGUGCUAUCGAGAUUUGACGCUCUACAAAAAGCAACCAAAAACUAUACAAUAGAAGCCACUCCAGAUGAUAGGACUGGUGUUUUGCAACAGGGAGGGAUGUUUGUGUUCAGAGGGAAAGAGCUAUUAUAUGCAAGGAAAGACGAAGGAACAGGUGAUCAUGCCCCAUUAGAUGAUGUUUUUGAUGUUUGCUGCAAAGUUUCUGUUGCUUAA